UAGUUUUAGUCACUGUCUGUGUACAAAGGCUUUGGUGACAGUGGCUGUUCACACUUAUUUUUAGUGCUCCACAGUGUUCUUAGCCAGGACCAACAACAUCCCUAAAUUUGCUUAUGUAGAAAUGAGCUUUAAGGAUAUUUUAUUUCUCUUUGUAUUACAGUUAACUUUUUUGACACUGGAAUCUUCUACUGGAAAAAUUAGUUUGGCAGAAUCUUCCCAAAGGCGUUUUGAGGGUUUCACUUGAGACCAGCUGGAUAUUACUCUUUCUUGACUUUCAGCCCAUUCCAUCAGAGAAUUUGCAUGUGUUUCCCCAAAUGGAAAUAACUCAUAGCAGAUUGUGCAUAAAGAAUUGAUGGGUUUUAUUACUUUACCCCUGGAAACAAUCUCUACAAAUCAUCAAAACUUCAGGACAUUGUAUUUCUGGUGAAAUAUGGUAAUGCUUUGUGACCAGAAACAAUGGCACGCUGCUGCUGCUGCUGGAUUCUCCUGGCUGGGUUCGAGGUUGGGUUUUUUGCAUUGUGUAAACUUGUGUUCUAUGAGAGUUGAUGUUUUUAGAAAGACAAGAGAAUUUUCUUAUUACAGCCUUUCAUGAGAGUCUCACUUGCAGGACUUCUGGUAUUCUUUUGUUGAGACUUCCAAGCAUUUAGAAUAUCUAAAAUGUUUGUAUCAGUGCAGAAAGCUGUAAAUCCUCAUUUAAAACUUGUCUUCAAGUCACUUCAUCUCCAUUUAUAUCUCUCAGACAAGGCCAUAUCUUUCCCUUAAAUGUGAGUGACAAAAAAAGUUAAGUUUGUGCAGUGCUAGGAAUUUAAAAUAUGCUUGUUGUAGGCUUAGUUUCUGAGCAUUUCUUUUCUCCUGUAGCUUAGGGAAUUUUUGUGCAGCUCGUUUUGUUGCACGUUGUGCAGGUAAAGGCAUGAAAGCCUGUGUAUUUUAAUGUAGAUAGUCUGGAGCAGAAUGAGAUGACUACAGAUGACAGUAUGUUUCUCAGCCUGGCUAUUGUUCUUCCAGAGGGCAUUUCAGAGUUUUCUGUUUACUGUUUAUCCAGGGAAGGUUGUGUGAGUUUCCCUGAAUGGAAUGGCAGAAGGGGGAAUUCACUGCCUGCUGUAACAUCUAAUUAGCAAUCCUAAUGUGUUCUAGGGCUUGUUAAGAGAGAGCAAACUGUUGGAGUCAAUCCUUUUCGGUGUGUGCAACAGGAGGGGGAUAACUUCAGAUGUUUUGGAGUUUUGAGGACGGUUAUAUAGCUUAGGUGGAGGAGAAUGAGAUUGAAUGCUGACUGUAGGCCUGGCUGAGAAACAUACUGUCAUCGGUGUCUUAGGUGGCCGUUGUGUCCCUGAGAGCCAGUGGCCUUCGACCCCUGAAGCCACUGUGCCUGAAGGAGCUUUAAUGCAGAAAUGACCAUUUAUGUGAAGCAGCUGGGCAGAAGGAUCUUCAGCCGUGAGCACGGGUCCAACAAAAAGCUGGCAGCACAGUCCUGUGCCCUCUCCCUGGUUAGGCAGCUCUACCACCUCGGGGUCAUCGAGCCUUACUCUGGGCAGACAAAGAAGAAAGGAGAGUCGCUGGAACCCUAUGAGGUGUCACUGUCUCCUGACUUAGAAAAUCAGCUGCAAAAGACUGUCCGGGAGCUGUCCCUGGAGAUCGUGCCUUCGCCUGAAGAUCCCAGUAAUCCAGUUCUGAUCAACGUCGGAAAGUUGGCCCAAUUUGAGCCAUCACGGAGACAAAGUCACACAGGAGUUGUUCCCUGGUCACCACCUCAUUCCAACUGGAACCCUUGGACUGGCUGCAAUAUUGAUGAGGGUCCUCUGGCAAAUCUCACUCCAGAGCAAAUAAGCAUGGAUCUGAAAAGUGAUUUCAUGUACCGUCUGGAGCAGGAUCAGGAAUUACAGAGGAUUCAAGAAGAGAGAGAGGCCUUACCUCUGAAGAAUUUUGAGAGUGAAAUUCUGGAUACAGUCCGUCAGAACUCUGUUGUUGUCAUCCGUGGUGCCACUGGUUGUGGCAAAACCACCCAAGUGCCCCAGUACAUCCUGGAUGAACACAUCAGAACCGGCCGGGCUGCCGAGUGCAACAUCGUGGUGACACAGCCCCGGCGGAUCAGCGCGGUGUCGGUGGCAGAGCGCGUGUCCUACGAGCGGGGAGAGGAGCCGGGGCAGAGCUGCGGGUACAGCGUGCGCUUCGAGUCCGUGCUCCCUCGGCCCCACGCCAGCAUCAUGUUCUGCACCGUGGGUGUUCUUCUGAGAAAGGUGGAGACUGGGAUCCGUGGCAUUAGCCACGUUAUUGUUGAUGAGAUCCAUGAGAGAGACAUUAAUACUGACUUCCUUUUGGUGGUGCUGAGGGAUGUCAUUCAGGCCUACCCUGAAAUCAGGGUUGUCCUCAUGUCUGCCACCAUUGACACCAGUAUGUUCUGUGAAUACUUCUUCAACUGUCCCAUCAUCGAGGUCUACGGCAGAACCUUUCCUGUCCAAGAUUAUUUUCUGGAAGAUUGUAUUCAAAUGACUCAGUUUGUUCCUCCACCAAAGGAGAAGAAGAAGAAAGAGAAGGAUGAAGAAAGUGGUGAAGAUGAUGACGCCAAUUGCAACCUUAUUUGCAGUGAUGAAUAUGGCCCGGAAACAAAGCACUCCAUGGCUCAGCUGAACGAGAGAGAAACCUCUUUUGAGCUCAUUGAGGCCCUGCUGAUUUAUAUCAAGACUCUGAAUGUUCCAGGAGCUGUCCUUGUUUUCUUGCCUGGCUGGAAUUUGAUCUAUACAAUGCAGAAGCAUCUAGAAAUGAACCCACACUUUGGAGGCCACCAGUACAGGAUUUUGCCUCUGCAUUCCCAAAUUCCUCUGGAAGAACAACGUCGAGUGUUUGAUCCCGUGCCUUCUGGAGUGACCAAAGUUAUUUUAUCCACCAGCAUCGCAGAGACCAGCAUUACCAUCAACGACGUGGUCUUUGUUAUCGACUCCUGCAAGCAAAAAGUGAAGCUGUUCACGGCUCACAACAACAUGACAAACUAUGCCACGGUCUGGGCAUCCAAAACCAACCUGGAGCAACGCAAAGGCAGAGCUGGGCGUGUGCGGGCCGGGUUCUGCUUCCACCUGUGCAGCAGAGCUCGCUUUGAGAGACUGCAGACUCACAUGACACCCGAAAUGUUCCGGACGCCACUCCACGAGAUCGCUCUGAGCAUCAAACUGCUGCGGCUGGGCGGCAUCGGGCAGUUCCUGGCCAAGGCCAUCGAGCCGCCGCCCCUGGACGCGGUGAUCGAGGCAGAGCGCACGCUCAGAGAGCUGGAUGCCCUGGAUUCCAACGAUGAGUUGACACCUCUUGGAAGAAUCCUGGCCAAGCUUCCCAUUGAGCCUCGUCUGGGCAAGAUGAUGAUCAUGGGCUGCAUUUUUUACGUGGGAGAUGCUGUUUGUACCAUCUCUGCUGCCACCUGUUUCCCUGAGCCCUUCAUCAGUGAGGGCAAACGCCUGGGUUACGUCCAUAGGAAUUUUGCUGGGACCAGGUACUCGGAUCACGUGGCUUUGCUCUCUGUCUUCCAGGCCUGGGACGAUGCAAGAAUGGGUGGUGAAGAAGCAGAGAAGAGGUUUUGUGAGCACAAAAGACUCAGCAUGGCCACUCUUAGAAUGACUUGGGAAGCAAAAGUCCAGCUGAAAGACAUACUUAUUAGUUGUGGCUUCCCUGAAGAGUGUUUGAUGACUCAGCCGUUCAACAACACUGGCCCAGAUAAUAACCUGGAUGUUGUCAUCUCCCUGCUGGCUUUUGGGGUCUACCCCAACGUCUGCUACCACAAGGAGAAAAGGAAAAUUCUUACCACGGAGGGGCACAACGCUCUCAUCCACAAAUCAUCUGUCAACUGCCCUUUCAGCAGCCAGGACAUCAAGUAUCCAUCACCCUUCUUCGUUUUUGGAGAAAAGAUUCGAACACGAGCCAUCUCUGCCAAAACCAUGACCUUGGUGAGCCCACUGCAGCUGCUCCUCUUUGCCUCCAAGAAAGUCCUGUCAGAUGGGGAGCUCAUUCUGGUGGAUGACUGGAUCAAGCUGCGGAUGCCGCACACGCCGGCCGCCUGCAUCACGGCCCUGCGCGCCGCCGUGGAGGCCCUGGUGGUGGAGGUGACCAAAGAUCCCGGCAUCCUCCGGCAGCUGGACCCGGCACACGAGCGCAUGCUGACCGUGAUCCGGCAGCUCUCCAGGCCGGCGGCUGCGGGCAUGGCCCUCCUGGCUGCCAACACAAGGUUUGGGGACGGCCCCCGCCCCCCCAAGAUGACUCGCUACGACAACGGCGGCUCCAGGGGCUGGGGAGGCCCCCCCAGGGGCCGAGGGUACGGGGGGUACGGAUACUCCGGAUACUCCGGCUGGCGCUCCAGAGCACGAGGAUACCCAGGGAGCCCCUAUGGAGUUGGGGGCGGCUAUAGAGGAGGGGGAGGAGGGGGGUACCGGGGAGGCUACGGGGACCAGAGUAGGGCCGGCUGGUAGUGGUGGGAGUACAGUGAAGUCUUUCCAGGGACUUCCUCUCCCAAAUUCCCCAGCCUGUUUGCCAUUUUGGUUCCUUAGUACCAGUACAGAUCUGUAAUAUAUCAUGCCCUUAGGGAACUUCCUACAAGUUGUAUGAUUUUGUUCUUAAUAAAGGGUUUGUUUGUAAAGACUUA